GUAUCACGGGGUGGGGGUAAAAAAGGAAGGGACGAACGAACCUAGGAGUCGGCAGGCAGGCUUAGCAUUGCAAGCGUCUCAGCCGCAGGAGUGAACAGAGAGAGAGCUUGCCUAGCAGCCACGCAAGCUUCGAAGGGAAAGCAAAGCGCGGAGAACUAGGUGGGCUCUGUCCCUUUAAGGGCCAGCGGCAUUGCUUCGUAGCCUCUCGUGCUGUCUGCCGCUGAAAUAAGAGGAGGCGAUGGAUCGGUGAAGGGGAGGCGCCGCUGGGCAGGUUGUUCCUUGCCGCUCCGAGUGCCGGCUCAGCCCCGCUCGGCUCUAGCCUUGCCUGCAACACCUGGACGACGGAUCCCGCGCCCCCUACCUCCCGCCCGCCCGAGGAUGUGAGUCUGCCGCCCCAUCUGCUGCGCCUCCUUCUUGCCACGCUGCCCGCCGCGGCCCCUCGCCCCAGCCCGCCGUGCCAGCUGCCGGGCUGGGCGGGGGGUUGCUGAGCUCUUUGCAUGGGGCCGCCGGCUUCGUCCCGUCCCGCUGACGGAGAAGAUGCCGAGGCAGGAGCUGCCUUUGCCCGAGGGCUGGGAGGAAGCUCGCGACUACGACGGCAAAGUGUAUUACAUCGACCACGCCACCAAAACCACCAGCUGGGUCGACCCGCGGGACAGGUUUACUAAACCACUAACCUUUGCUGACUGCAUAAGUGAUGAAUUACCUUUGGGAUGGGAAGAGGCAUAUGACCCUCAGGUUGGAGUCUAUUAUAUCGACCACAACACUAAAACAACCCAGAUAGAGGAUCCUCGAGUACAAUGGCGUCGGGAGCAGGAACACAUGCUGAAGGACUAUCUUGUGUUGGCACAAGAAGCACUGACUGCUCAGAAGGAGAUCUACCAGGUUAAGCAACAGAGACUUGAACUGGCACAGCAGGAAUACAAGCAGCUUCACGAUGUCUGGGAACACAAGCUGGGAUCUCAGACUAGCUUAGUUUCCAGUUCUUCAUCUAGCUCAAAGUAUGAUCCAGAAAUUCUGAAAGCUGAAAUUGCCACUACAAAAUCUAGGGUUAAUAAACUUAAGAGAGAAGUAGCUCACAUGAGACAGGAGCUCCAAUACAAGGAACUUGGUUUUCAAACGCUGAAGAAAAUUGAUAUGAAAAUGGCUGAUACCCAAGGUGGAUAUAAACUUGAUGAAGCUCAAGCCAUACUAAGUGAAAUGAAGGCUAUCAAGAAGGCCAUCACUUCAGGGGAGAAAGAAAAGCAAGACCUUAUUGAGAGCCUAGCCAAACUGAAAGCUAAUUUUGUAAUGGACAGAGAAUCACCUUUAGAUUUGUGGGCCAGCAACACAUCCUUGGAAGGUUCCAACAUCUUGUUACCCAGGCAGUAUCUGGAUGCCAGCUCCCAAACAGAUGAUUCUGGAAAUUUUAUUGUGAGCACUAAUAAUCAAUUGGCUGAGAAGGUGAGACUGCGCCUCCAAUAUGAAGAGGCUAAGCGAAGAAUAGCAAAUUUAAAGAUCCAGUUGGCUAAACUGGAUAGUGAAGCCUGGCCUGGUGUACUAGAUUCUGAACGAGACAGAUUGAUGCUAAUAAAUGAGAAGGAGGAACUUCUGAAGGAAAUGCGGUUCAUUAGCCCAAGAAAAUGGACUCAGAGUGAAGUGGAAAGACUGGAAAUGGAAAGAAAACGUUUAGAGGAAGAUCUUCAGGCUGCAAGAGAUACACAGAGCAAAGCUCUAACAGAAAGAUUGAAAUUAAAUAGCAAAAGAAACCAGCUGGUUCGAGAACUGGAGGAAGCAACCCGAUUAGUGGCAAGGUUGCACAUGCAGUUGAAAAACCUGUCCUCUAGUAUGCUUUCUUUGUCGUCUGGUAGCAGUCCCAGCUCUCUAGCAUCUAGCAGAGGAUCUCUGGUUACUUCCAGCCAAGAUUCUUCCACCUCAGCCAGUUUUACUGAUCUGUACUAUGAACAGCUUCAACAGCUGGACUCUGACUAUCAGAACAAAAUGGAUCUCUUGCUCUUGGAAAGAGCAACUGGCUUUCGACCUUCGGGAUGCAUCACUACUAUCCAUGAAAAUGAAGUGGUGAAAUCUCAGAAAACUGAUGCUGCUAACCGUUUGCAGGCUCUGAGGUCCUUGUCUGGGACUCCCAAAUCGUUGACAUCUUUGUCUCCAAGGUCAUCUCUUUCUUCCCCUUCACCACCUUGUUCUCCACUAGUAAUGGACCCAUUCUUCACAGGAGAUGCUUUUAUGGGUCAUAUAGACUUCGAAGAUAUAGAAAUAAACAACAGUAUAUCUGAACUUGAUCUAAACACAGGAAGUGACAGGAAAUACAAAAUGGAAGACUCUAGAGCUGGGGAUAAACAUCCUGAUCAAGAUAUAAACACAGUUGCAGGAGCUGCACUGAAGGUAGCCUGUGUAUCUGCUGCUGUAUCAGAUGAGUCAGUUGCAGGAGAUAGUGGAGUGUAUGAAGCAUCUGUGCAAAGGCCCCCUGUGUUGGAAGGUGUUGUGUUUGACAGUGGUGAUCCAGAAGCAGCCAGCACUGCUAGAGUUCAGAUUUCAACGAAGUAUGAUGACAAAAAUAAACAAUUUGCAAUAUUAGUAGCCCAGCUGAACAAUGUGCCUAUUCUCCUACCACAACAAGACCUGAAAGUGAACAUUCGUGUGGCUGUUCUUCCCUGUUCUGAAAGUACAAGUUGUUUGUUCCGUACAAGACUCAUGGAGGCUUCAGACAAUCUCGUAUUCAAUGAAUUAUUUUGCAUUGUGAUCUCUUACUCUGUUUUACGCCAGAAGACGUUAAGGGUUGAUGUCUGCGCUGUGGAUAAGUGCCAUCUUGAAGAGUGCUUGGGAGGAGCACAAAUUAGUCUUGCUGAGACUUGUAGAUCUGGAGAGAGGUCAACACGCUGGUACAACCUCCUCAGUUAUAAAUACCUGCAGAGGCAAAGCAGUAGAGAUAAGCAAGAGGAUGUCUAUUCUAAGCUACCCUGCAAUGAGAAAAUGGACUCUGUAUCGGCACUAUUGGAACAGACUGCUGUUGAACUAGAAGCUGUGGAGAAAAAGCUAGAAGAUAGCAGAAGCACUUUAGUUAUUGGUGAAAAUUGGCAAGAUGAGGAAGAUGCUGAGCACAAUGGCAACAGUGAAAAUGAAAUAGAAGAGGAAGAAGAAUGUUAUAGUGGCAGUACAGGCUGGGAAACAGAAGAGAACCCAUCUUCUUUAGCACUGGCUGAAUCAGCAGCCAUCAAGGUGGAUAAAGAGACCAACACAGAAAACUUUUCCCAAUCUUCCACGGUAGUUCGUCCAAAAGAUAAAAGAACACCUAAUCCUCUGCGAACUCCUCUUGUUCGAGGCAGUACCAUAAUCCGUUCCAAAACCUUUUCUCCAGGACCGCAGAGCCAGUAUGUGUGUCGGUUAAAUCGCAGUGAUAGUGAUAGUUCAACACUGUCUAAGAAACCAUCCUUUGUUCGGAAUGCUGUCGAAAGGCGAAGUGUCAGGAUGAAAAAGACUUCUGUUAAAACAAGUGGAGCUGAGCGUCUAAUCCGUACAUCUCUGGACUUAGAACUGGACUUGCAGGCUUCAAAGACCUGGCACAAUCAGCUGGUUGAAGAGAUCUUUGUUCUAAAGCAGCUGAAGGAACAGUUAGAACAAGCUCAAAGUCAUGGAGAAAAGGAACUGCCUCAGUGCAUAAAGGAGGAUGAACAAUUUCGGACACUAAUGAGGCUGGUGGAAAAACGGACGGAAAAAGACGAAUGUAAGUGUGAACUGAAGACUGAUAAAAUGAUGAGGGCAGCUGCUAAGGAUGUGCAUCGCCUACGGGGACAAAGUCGAAAGGAGCCCUUGGAGGUACAGUCAUUCAAAGAGAAAAUGGCAUUUUUCACCCGACCAAGGAUAAACAUUCCAGCUCUUUCUGCAGAUGAUGUUUAAUCUUUAUUUAAGUAUUUCUUUCUCCAACCACAUUGAAAAGUAUAAUAUGGUUUCACUAUAUUUAUUUAUGUGGUAUUAUAAAGGUACCAAGUCAUGUACAUUGAUGGCUUUAUCAGCAUUGUGUCCAGAUUUUUAGCUUUCUGCUUUCAUUGCAAAUGCCAGCAUUAAAAUAACAUGAUUAUAUAGUUUGUAUAUUUAGCAAUGUAUUUUUCAGAGAGAAUUUUUAAAUGUGAACAAAUACAGCUCAAGUGCUGUUUAAAUAUGAUUCCAUAUAGACACUUUGUACAGCUCUACUUUUUUAAAGAGGUUUUUCUGCAAUAACACUUGAAUCUGAAGGAGCAUCAGUCCUAUGGUUCUAAAAAUACAACCCAACUCUUAUAUAAUUAUCUUUUGGUAAUUUAAAUAUUUUUGUAAAAACAGAGGAUGAAAGAAGCCAUUAAUUCCCACCCACCCCCCCUUUGGAAAGAGCUGUGAAUGAGUGCUCUGCGAGCUAUGAAACACUUUCAUUUCCUUCUAGGUCAUCAAAAAUGGGUGUGGAGUUCAAAAUGCUUGCUCACUUUAAUUUUAAGAUUACUUCAGUUCUACUUGAUCUGUACAAAGUUCCAAAAGCCUGGUGAACCCUUUGCUACAGGGAGAGAGCUGCAAGGAACAUACAUCCAUAUUGGUCUCUUUGAUGGCUCGAGGGGAAGGGGGCAGGGAAGUCCUGACAAGUCAACAGUUGAAACUAUUUCCUAAUUCUACAAAUCUACAUUUGUUUAAUUGUAUUUCGAAGUGUUUUAAAAAAUAAAAUCCUCAUCUAAUCCCAUCACUUUAAGAAAAGCAACAAUAACUAACAAGCUUUUAAAAAUGAACCUUUUGUCCAUCAUUUAUCUAAAACUCUGAGCAGUCUUGUUUGCUGCUUUUUAAACUCUGAUCAUAGUAUGGUUUUCCUCUCAUUGAAUGGAAUUUUCCUCUUUGAAAAUGUCUACUGAACAACAUUCAACAAAACCUUUUCUAGAAAUAACGUAACUGUGUCUAUAUGCCAUUGUCUACCAUAUUAUCAUUAGUAUUUGUGUUUUUGUUUCCUCAUUGUCUGCUUUGGCUGGUAAUGUCUGUUAUACUUGAAUGUACACAUGAGCAUUCUCUUGCUUGCAAACUCUUGCACUCUUGUGUAAGUACAUGCGUGCGCACAUACACCCACACACCCUACCUACCUACCUACCUACCUGUUGAGGGAGAAUAUUCUGGGGCAAGCUGUCAACCUGGCAAGAGUCUUAGAUGCAUAUCCAUUCCUGUUUCCCUCACUGCAAGGAGAAAGUAUCGGACUACUGUUCUUGUUGAGCACCCAAUUUUUUAAAACACCAUUUUUUCUCAGGACAAUAUCAUACCAUGUCUGAAUAAAUGUGAUAAAAUCAAGAUCUCUUGUUUCUUUCUCCCUGCAGUAAGAGGGAGAGGUGUGUGAGAGCCUGAGACUUACACAGGACUGAGAAUUCUCCCUGGAAAAUAAUGCCUGAACCAAACUUCUUACUGCAUUACCACCACUAUUUGUGGUCUUCUGUAAUUGCUCUUUCCCCUGACUGUUGCCAACAUAAGAAUUUUGGUGACGUGGCUGGAGAACAAUGGCAACGGGAAUCAAAAGGCCUUGCAGGUCAGCAAACCAAGAUGCACCUUCAUGAGUAAAGCCAACAAGUGGUUUAAAACUGGGAAGCCUCUUGUGAUGUACAUAUUCCUUUUUCAUGUAUAAAACACUUUAAUAGGCAAGCACUAAGUGAUUGAGUUUAUACCUAUUUUAAAUUUUGUCAGGAUUAACAGAUUAAAAUUGCUAUAGAAAUUCA